GUGUGUUUUAGUGUGUAAGUUAAUUUUGACAGCAAAUUGUCAUUUUGAAAAAACAACAAAAUAAACAACCACAAACAAAAAUCUCUCACUUAAAUUCAGAUAUAAUGCAGGGAAUAAAAUGCGAGUACGAUAAUUCUAGAGUCUCCAUCAAAGAUUUCGGCACAAUAUGCCGCUUUUGUUUAAGCUCCAGAGGUGCUAUAACAAUAAACUCAUACUCUUCUGAUGGUGUCCUGCUCAGUGACAUUUUAUCAGAUGUGUCUCUUCAGCAACAAGAAAAUAAACUACCUCCAAAUCUGUGUCAAGAAUGUGUAGAUGUAAUAAUCAAUUUCUACCAGUUGAAAAAUAAAGUCAAAGAAGCUGAGGCAUUGCUACUCAAGAUUUUAGAAAAUGCAGAUUCAGACAGUGAUCAUGAUGUACACAAUCGGGACCACUAUAUUGCUAAACAAGAAUUGGAGGAUGAUGAUAAACCUAAAAGAAAGCUUGGAGGUAGAUCAGUACCUGAAGACCUCACUUGUCCAUUUUGCCAAGUCAAAUUUGAUUCUUGUGAUGAGUAUUUGAAGCAUAGAAGAAAAGAAGCAGACCUACGGAGAAAAAAGAAACCAUGUAAUAUAUGCAAUAAACUCAUCACUACUUACAAGCUGAAGGAUCACAUCAAUUCUCAUACAAAAGAAUGUCCAUAUGAGUGCAGUAUUUGUGGGGAUAAGUUCAGGUUUAAGUCAAGCUUAAGUAGACAUAGCUUCAAACAUAAAGAAAAGAAACCUCAUGUAUGUCACAUAUGUGGCAAAGGAUUUAUUCAAGCUCCAACUUUAGCAGAUCAUUUAAGAACCCAUGGAGGCGAGAGGUCCUUUAUUUGUAACCAGUGUGGUAAAACUUUUGUUACAAAACAUGCUUUAAGUAACCACUUAGCUCUUCAUAAACUAGAAGAGGAUGAUGCAUUUAACCUCACAUGUACGAUCUGUAGUAGUGUAUUCAACUCAAAAGCAUUAUUUAGAAAUCAUAUGAGAACACACAAUGACAGAAUAAAAGAGUUUUUGUGUAAUGAAUGUGGCAAAGAUUUCAGAAGAAAGGGUUUACUAGAUGCACAUUUGAAAAUUCAUCUAGGAGUCAAACCUUAUAUUUGUGAGAUAUGUACUAAAGGAUUCCCUUCAAAGAAUAGUCUUCAGAAGCACAACUUGGUGCAUACUGGAGAAAAGCCAGUUUCGUGUAUAAUAUGUGGAAAGACAUUCUCGCAAAAAGGACACCUCGUUUACCAUAUGAGGAAACAUAGUGGUGAAAGGCCAUAUAUUUGUACAUAUUGUAAUAAGAGUUUUAAUCAUUCAGGGUCCCUAAAAGUUCAUACAAGGAUACAUACAGGCGAAAAACCUUUUGCUUGUAAUAUUUGCUCUAAAGGCUUUUAUGAUUCAAGCAGUAUGAAAAAGCAUAAAAAGAUUCAUCAUGGACAAAAUAAAGUCAAUGAGGUAUCUUCUUUAGUUAAGACUGAGAUUAGAGAGGUAUUACAUAGUCUAUAAAAUUCGAUUUAAUACCAAUGCUUUGUAUCAUUGAACGAUUUUGAUUAUUGAAGAUAUAACAAAAACUAUUAAAAGAAAUGUACACAUAUUAAAACCUUGCAGCUUAAGUGGAAAUCUACAAAUAUAUUUUUGGUAAAAAAACUAGCUGAUAUGUAUAUAUCACAUUUAUUAAUGUAUAAAUAAAAUUAUUUACAAUCAC